AUGCUCAAUUGGCAGGACUUUGACGCUGUAUUCCAGCCCAAGCCCGACUACUCUCUCGAUCACAAAUCUGUCGAAGCCAUCAUCAAACAUCGCAAGGAGUUUGGAGAUCAAUUAUUCUUCGAUCGCAUCUGGACAUCCAUUGGCUUGACUCGACCUUCAAGAAACAUCUAUCCGCCCCGAUCAAAUCAAGACUUACGCAGCCUCUGGGCCAAGAUCGUGUACUCGCCCGCUGCAGACGAACAGAAACUGGCCCUCCUCUACUACAUCCUUCGUGAUUGUCGCCAGCUACCCAAUGCCGACACCAACUUCGCUCGCAGAACAUACCUUCCCCAGAAAUACCAGCUUCUGGUCGCUGGCUUGUGGGAGCUCGACCACGGUCAAUUCUCUCGUGCCUUAGAGCACCUGACCGAUCCCUCGUUGACACCUACCUUCGCCGACGAUAUCCUCCUUGCUCUGCUACAACAUCCAAAAUGCGAUUCUUCUUUGGCCACGGCUUAUUACGUUGCUGUGUCACCCCCUUUGAAAGAUCCAGCAGCACUGGAGGCAUACUUUCGGUUGCUCGUUGCCAAUAAUCUCGUGGAAGCCUACUAUUUCGCACAGAAGCAAGAUGAUGCAAGACAUAAGAUUUUGUUUGAGAAAUUAGUCGUCUCAGUACAUCAAGACAAGCCUGGUGAUGCCCGCGCCGAGCGAGCAACUCUGCUUAUCGGCAUCCCGUUCACGCGUGAGGAAGACGUCUGGUUCGAGGAUUGUUUGCUGCAUGGUUCUGGAUCGAAGCUUCUUGGAGCCAGAGACUCGGUAAUGGCACGAAGGAUCGCGACAGGGAAACCGACCAACACCGCAGAUCUGAAUUGUCUAAAGGGAGAAAACCUGGGUGGAAUUGACUGGGACUAUGUGAGGACUGGAGUGGCCAAUACUGUGCCACAUUGA